AUGGUGUACGGCCCACAGCGGCAAGAAAAUGUCUACAUCGACCCUGAAUAUCGCCAAUACAAUCCCAGAUAUGGCGGGAACAAUGAUUCGCCAAUCUGGGGUCUCGCGAAGCCCCUUCCGCGUGUGGUCAGACCUGGUAUGCGUCGCGACGAAAACAAAUCACAAAAGGCGUACGAGACAGAGCCUCCAGGUCAAUCACAACCAGCCCCGGAGCUGGGCAUAACCCCAGGCCUCUCUAAUACACAGUCUAGCGUCGCUGAACCUCACGGUCCCCCAAGCUAUUCCGCUGCGGCACAACAGGGCGUGGCUAGGCAGCAUGCAGUAUAUGCGCCACAGCCUGACGGUCUACUCCGACCGAUCGAGUCCGAGGUCAACGGAGAUGUUUCGGCACAGAAACCUGGGCCUGGACAAGAUGAAAUUGAACAGCCGCCCACGGAGGAGUUUCUUAAUACAUGGGCCAAGAUUCGACAUCACAUGAAAGAGCCUUUCGCGGAAUGGCUUGCGACUACUGUUGCGGUCCUCAUAGGCCUGACUGGUAACCUUGCAGUUUCGACCGGAGGUCCCCAGGCAGGAACUCGUCUAUCGGAGAAUUGGUCAUGGGGACUCGGGUUCAUGAUCGGAAUCUACCUGGCUGGUGGUGUUUCCGGUGCUCACCUGAAUCCAGGGAUCUCCAUUGCAUUAUGGAUAUACCGUGGCUUCCCGGGCCGACGAUGCUGCUACUACGUGAUAGCCCAGAUUCUUGGUGGUAUCACAGCAGCCGGAUUGUCGUACUGUCUAUACAGAGAUGCCAUUAUGGGUCUCGCGCCUCAUGCACCUGCCGGGACUACCGGGCUCGGGUUCUACACAGAGCCGCUAGGGCAUGUCAGCUCCGCCACAGCAUUUUUCAACGAAUUCAUCGGCGAUGCUAUUCUACUCUGUGUGAUCUUUGCGAUGGGUGAUGAUAGCAACACGCCUCCUGGUGCCGGUAUGCAUUCGUUUGUGAUUGGAUUGGUUAUCUAUGUUUUGUGCAUUUGCUUGGGGUUCAACACCGGCGGGUGUUUCAACCCAGCAAGAGAUUUUGGUCCUCGCCUUGUAGCUCUUAUGGCUGGAUAUGGUGGUAACACCUUCACAGACCAUAAAGGCUGGUGGUUUUGGGGAUGCUGGGUAGCCACUAUUGGUGGUUGCUUGGCCGGAGCUCUACUGUAUGAUGUUUUCAUCUUUAUCGGAGGCGAAUCUCCCAUCAACUAUGCGCCAAGACGGCGCAAGAGAGCGAAGCUCAAGAAGGAAAGCAAGUGGAGGAAGAGACUUGGCAUCGGGAAAGAUAAACUUCCCUCGUUGGAGGACGGAAUCAAAAACCUAGAAGAAUAG